AUGACGACCGCCACUACCAAUCUACCAUCUGUAAAAACUACUUUAGUAGAAGUUACAGACAAAUUAUCAAAUCCACCAUGUAGAAUAUUUUUCAAAAAUGAAUAUUUACAACCAUCAGGUUCUUUCAAAUUAAGGGGGAUAGGGUACAUGUUACAGAAAAAAAUUGAAGAAGCUAAAAAACUAGGUAAAUCAAAAGUCAUUGUUUUUUCAUCAUCAGGUGGUAAUGCAGGUUUAGCAGCUGCUUAUGCUGCAAAAUAUUAUAAUGUUGAAUGUACUGUAGUAUUACCUAAAACUUCAACAGAUAUAGUUAUUGAAAAAUUGAAAAAAUUAGGAGCUAAUGUUAUAGUACAUGGUGAUCAUUGGGGUGAAGCUGAUAAAUAUUUAACUGAAGUUGUAAUGAAAUCAAUCAAUGAAGAUGAAUUACCAGUAUAUUGUCAUCCAUUCGAACAUGAAUUAAUUUGGAAAGGUCAUUCUAAAAUAAUUGAUGAAAUUAUAGAAGAAGGUCAAUUACCUAAUUUAAAUAAUGUUAAAGGAAUUGUUUGUUCAGCUGGUGGAGGAGGACUUUAUAAUGGUAUAGUUGAAGGGUUGAAAAAUCAAAAACAAGAUAUUCCAGUUUUAGUUAUAGAAACAGAACAAGCUCCUACUUUCCAUGAAACAGUCAAACAAGAUAAAUCAAUUACUCUAAGUUCUAUCAAAACAUUAGCAUCAUCAUUAGGUUCACCAUACUUAUCACCAAAAGCAUUUGAAAAUUAUAAAAAUCACCCAACAAAAUUAGGAUUAAUUGAUGAUUUAGAUGCGUUAAAGGGUAGUAUUGAUCUUUAUGAUAAGUUUGGAAUAAUAACUGAGCCAGCUUGCGGAGCUUCUGUUUCUACUAUAUUUGAUAAACAAGAGUUAUUGAUUGAAAAUUUUAAAAAUUUGCAGAAAGAUGAUAUCAUUAUUAUUAUUGUUUGUGGUGGAUCUAGUGCAAAUGAAGAGACUUUAGAAUUUUAUAGAAAAUUGAUUAAAGAUAGUAAGUAA